GCUUUCACAACAUUUUAAAGAUUUCUCGCAAAAGUAAAUAAUAAAAUAAACAUACAGAAACGAUUUAGAAAACUACACAGAAGAAAAACUACAUUUCCCAGAAAUCCAACUUCCGGUUAAGAGAAAAAAAAAUCCGCCAACUUGGGAGGUAUGGGCUGUCUUUUAUUAUUUUAACAUUUAUUUAAGCCUAUAAACAAAACGAUGCUUCGCCGAAAACCAACUCGUCUGGAGCUGAAGCUGGAUGAUACCGAGGAGUUUGAGAGUGUGAAGAAAGAGCUGGAGAGCCGAAAGAAACAGCGAGACGAAGUGGACGUGGUCGGAGUUACACCCAGCGAGAUGAGCACUUCGGACGGAAAAACCCGAGAGCAAACCAUCCACGAGCGAAUAGGAUACAAACCUCAUCCGAAGUCAAACACACUCCCGUCUUUCUUCGGGAACCUCCAGUUCUGAGUAAAUGAACGAACUCAGGAAAAACGACACAGAUCUUAGGCGUGUUCUGCAUCGGUGCUGUUUUGAUUGGAAACUGUUCUUAGUUGUGAAGUUUGGAACCCAGAGCCACUCCAUGCUGAAGCUUUUUGUAAUUAGUUCUAAUAAUGAUUAGAAAUAAAUUGAAUGUACAUACCUGCCUGUCUCACAGCUUCUUCUGAAGGGGACUAAUGUGGCCUUGACUGAGAAAUGAUUAUACAAUAUGAUAUUAAAGAGGUCUGACUUCUA